GAAAAUACGGAGCACUUGGCAGUGCUGCAUUAUGAGUGUACUUCUACCGCAAAGGAAGUAAGUGAGCGUACGGGAGUAAAAAUUGGCGAUGAAGUCGCCUCUCUUGCCACCGAAACCGCGUUUCGAUUUGCGCAGAUGCUCGCUUCAGAUCUGGAAGCCUUUGCUCAUCAUGCCAAGCGAUCAACCAUAACUGUUGAUGAUGUUAGUCUCUUUGUCCGACGCAAUCCUCAUUUGGUAGGUCCUUUUUUCUUUGCUCAGCGUAAAUUCCUGGAGGAAAAGUCUGCGGAACUAGACGCCACUGAUGAGAAUGGGGAAGACAUCACCGACGAAUCAGACGUUGUGGAACCUCGAAAGAAAAAACGACAGCAAAGACUCCCUUCAACCUCAGCUAGACGGAAGUCGACUGUACGUAACAGGUGUUUUCCGUUGCACUAG